AAAGUAUUAUUGUACUGUAUCAAAAUUCGGUUGCAGGGGAAAAUACCAAAAAAGGGAGUUAAUUAACACCUCAGCUAGCUCGCAACUGGCGGGAACACCUUAACAUAGGACCAUAAAACAACGACGGUCAGAAACCAACUGACAAGUGUUUGGGCUACAUUAAUUAUUAUUCUCCCUUGCCUAAAACUUCAAUUAUCAUUUUCCCUGGAAAACUUCCUGAUACUUCCAAUAUCUUCUGAAUGGAGUUAUAGUUCUCAUUCCUCUUCAGAAAUUCCAGAGAUCAAACACAACACUACUUUUUAUGGGCUUCAUCCUUUUUCUGUCCCAUUGAGUUUUGUCGUUGAUGGGAUCCCACUAAUUAAUUCGGAUCCCACUUAGUCGGAAAUUGUUGAUAUCUGCUGCUUUUUUGUUUUUGUUCUUGUUUUUGUUUUUUUCUUUUGUUUGAAAUAAGGAUCUGCUAGAAAUCAGCAAUUCCCCUCUGUAUCAAUAUAAUCAGGGACAUUGGUAAGUCGUAUUUAAUUUCCCUUUUUUUUUUUUAGCAAAGAGAAUUUUAAGGCCCCUGCUCCUAAAUAAGCAUCGAUUUCUUGAUUUCUUGUUCAUGUUCGAUGUUAUGAAACGUUUUCGAAACAUGCUUGAUGAAUUGCAGUACCCAUUUGCAGAUUCUCUUGAGAGGUUAUAUUUUUCUUCAUGAAAUGGAAAGGUUUAGACAGAUCGGAGAGGUACUGGGAAGUUUGAAGGCAUUGAUGGUGUUUCAUGACAAUAUCCAAAUCAAUAAGAGACAAUGCUGUUUGUUGGUUGAUAUAUUCAUUUUUGCUUACGACACAAUUGCUGAAGAGAUGAAGCAGAACCUGAGGUUCGAAGAAAAGCACACGAAAUGGAGAAUACUGGAACAGCCAUUAAGAGAGAUUCUUAGAACAUUCAAAGAUGGGGAGGGUUACAUCAAGCAAUGUUUGGAAACAAAGGACUGGUGGGCAAAAGCUGUUACACUUUAUCAGAAUACAGAUUGUGUCCAGUUGUACAUACAUAACUUACUUACCUGCAUUCCGAUUGUAAUUGAAGCAAUCGAAACUACUGGAGAAUUUUCAGGUUGGGAUCAGGAUGAGAUACAGAAGAAGAGGCUUGUGUACUCGAACAAGUAUCAAAAGCAAUGGAAAGACCCUCAGCUAUUUCACUGGAAGUUUGCAAAGCAGCAUCUUAUUACUCAGGAUUUCUGCGAAAGAUUCGAUGUGGUUUGGAAAGAGGACAGGUGGAUUCUCCUUAAUAAAAUCAAAGAAAAGACGGUUUUAUGCUCCAGAAAAUAUGAGAGACAACUAAGAGACCUUCUGGUAAAGAAUUUGGAAGAACAAGAUACUGAGAAUGCGAAACUCUUACCAAGCUCAAUUCUAGUGGGGUCGAAAGAUUAUCAUGUUAGAAGACGACUUGGGAAUGGGAGUCAAUACAAGGAGAUACUCUGGUUAGGUGAAAGUCUUGCCAUUAGACAUUUCUUUGGUGAUAUUCAACCACUUGUUCCUGAAAUUUCUUCCUUGUUAUCUCUUUCACAUCCAAAUAUAUCAUACUUCUUUUGUGGGUUCACUGAUGAGGAAAAGAAAGAAUGUUUUUUAGUUAUGGAACUAAUGAGUAGAGACAUGUGCAGCUAUAUCAAAGAAAUAUGUGGACCAAGAAAGAGAAGUCUUCCAUUUUCUCUUCCUGUUGCAGUUGAUAUUAUGCUACAAAUUGCCAGGGGAAUGGAAUAUCUCCACUCAAAGAAAAUAUAUCAUGGUGAUUUAAACCCUUCUAACAUUCUUGUUAAACCAAGAAGCACCACAGAAGGGUACGUGCAUGUUAAGGUUUCUGGGUUCGGGCUCUCGUCCUUUAAGAAAAACCCUUCAAAACAGAAUGGAACUCUCUCAUUCAUUUGGUAUGCACCAGAAGUUUUAGAAGAGCAAGAACAGACAGGAAGUGCCCCAAAUUCAAAAUACACAGAAAAAUCUGACGUGUAUAGCUUUGGAAUGGUUUGCUUUGGAAUUUUGACAGGGAAAGUUCCAUUCGAUGAUAGCCAUCUUCAAGGAGAGAAAAUGAGCCGAAACAUUCGAGCGGGAGAGAGGCCGCUGUUCCCAUUAAAUUCACCAAAAUAUGUCACUAACUUGACAAAGAGAUGUUGGCAAGCUGACCCAAAUCAACGCCCAAGUUUCUCAUCAAUCUGUAGAAUUCUUCGCUAUACAAAAAGGUUUCUCGCCAUGAACCCUGAUUACAAUAGAGAGCUAGACCCACUGAUGCCAGCAGUAGACUAUGUUGACAUGGACUCAAAGCUUCUAAGGAAAUACCCGUCUUGGGAUGCAGCUGAUUCCUCACAAAUAGCACAGAUUCCAUUUCAGAUGUUUGUUUGCAGAGUUAUUGAGAAAGAAAAAACCAGAGUAAACCAGAAAGAGACUUCAGAAUCAGGAAGCGAUAAAGCUUCUGUUAGUGGAGAUGAAAACAUGAACAUAACCGAUGAUCCAUUCCCGUCGCCCACAUUACCAUCACCCACAGGAAGGAAGUUCUUAACAUCACCUGAUACUCUGAACAGGAAACCUUCCAUGUCAAAGAGAUCGCCAGAUGUGAUAAGAUCAAGUAGACAAGCAGGGACACCAAAAGGACGGUCAAGACCCCCACAACUGGCACCUUUCGGGCGUGGUUUAAGAAUGAAUUCAGAAAGCCAGCUAAUGAUGAUGAUUAGUCCAAGAAUGAGGAGAACAUCUUCGGGUCAUGCAUCAGAUUCCGAGAUUUCGUAAGCCUAAUCAUUCGCUCAAUCAUAAAAUAAGUCUCGGAUAUUAUCUUAGAGACUUACUGUGUCAAUUAUUGUAGAGAACAUACCUUAUAGAUGAUAAACAAUGGAAGGCAUCAAGAUUCAUGAAGGAAAUCCCAAGUAGUUGGAUUUAAUAUUUCACUAA